CUGCCUGCUUCCCUUUCGCACUGCUGUGUUGGACCCAGACUAAAGGAGAUUGAGGGACUUCCAGAUAUUUCUUACCUGAAGCCAAGGCCCAGAUCCAGCCGCCACCAUGUCGAGCAAGCGUGCCAAGGGGAAGACCACCAAGAAGCGUCCUCAGAGGGCCACCUCCAACGUCUUCGCCAUGUUCGACCAGUCUCAGAUCCAGGAGUUCAAAGAGGCGUUCAACAUGAUUGACCAGAACAGAGACGGUUUCAUCGACAAGGAGGAUCUGCAUGACAUGCUGGCCUCUCUGGGUAAGAACCCCUCCGAUGAAUACCUGGAGGGGAUGAUGAGCGAAGCACCGGGGCCCAUCAACUUCACCAUGUUCCUCACCAUGUUUGGAGAGAGGCUCAACGGAACGGACCCCGAGGACGUCAUUCGCAACGCUUUCGCCUGCUUUGAUGAGGAAGGAUCUGGUGUGAUCCACGAGGACCAUCUGAGGGAGCUGCUGACCACCAUGGGCGACCGCUUCACAGACGAAGAUGUGGACGAGCUGUUCCGCGAGGCACCCAUUGACAAGAAGGGCAACUUCAACUACGCAGAGUUCACGCGCAUCCUCAAACACGGCGCCAAAGACAAGGAUGACGAGUAGAGGGAGACACCGACUUCCUUGGGGGCCCCCCCGCACACAUACUCUACCACAAAUCAACCCUUAGUUCCUACCUUUUUAUGUACCUUGUAGGUUUUAGAGAAACUGAAAGACACAUUAUCAAGUGUCCAUUGUGUUGAAGUUAUGGAGAUUUAAACAUGUGUAUUAAAGGUAGGAGCUUGGGAUUCAUUUGGGAUCCACGGAAAUAUAUAUCAUUGAUUACCAUGAAGAGGUGUAUUUGCAUCUCAUAGCUACAAGUCUGCUGCGGCUUCAUUGACUGCUGGUUGGAUGCAUCAUCACGUGUGUUUGCGCGGGGUGCUUUUGGACUGUAAGAUUCGGUGCCACAUACAGUACCAGCAAUGUUUACCUCUUACCUGCCAAUUAGCUACCGCACUGCAACAAGUCUCCAUACCUGUAAUAUUUGUAUUCCUGCGUUAAAAAUGGAUAAAAAGAAAUCUGAUCAUUCUGAUUGUGUUCAUUGAAAGUGGAGUGCUUCUGCUUAAGAAAACAAUGAGCGCUUUUAUACUGAAUUGUUUUUCCCAUCAGCUGGUUGUUGGUCCCAUCAGCGUGUACUUGAAGGAGCAGGCAAGUUUGUGUUGUUGAAGGAAUUCAGGCUUGAACUGUUGCUCAGGCAAAUAAAGUUUAUUCAUGUUGUUGAUCGGAA